CAAAUUUCCUCCUUUCUUUCUCUCGUUUUGCAGAAGAGGAGGAGGAGGUGCUGGGGGAGGUGCUGGGGCUAGUGUGCUCUACUCGUACACCUCUCCCGGGGCAGUGUGUCCUAUCCCCUGGCUCCUCCUGCUCCUGCUUCUCGCUGGCUCGCAUCGAGAGUGAAAGUGUAUUUGGCUCAGGAUGAAAUUGGUGAGGAAUUUGAGACUUGAUAUUCUUUCUCCUUUUUUUUCCCCUACUGCAAUAACAUCGAGAUAGCUUGUUUGGUUUAUAUACUCAAGUCCUUUUCCUUGUGCGGGUUCUCUAGUGAGGAAUCUGAAAGCCGGCGGAGAGGAGGAGGCAGAGGUGAGACAGGGGUGAGGCAGGGGUGAAGGAGAGGGCAGGCCAGGUAGGGUCAGGUAUAUAAGAGAGCAAGCAACAAAAAACAGUAUGAAAUGAGGAAAACCGAGGCAAUCAGCAGGCCGGGAGUCAUGGGGUGGGAGAAAGAGAAGGAAAGAGAGAGUGAAAGAAGGCGCGGGCGGGAGUGAGGGUGUGGGCAGGCGGGCAGGCGGGCAGGCACAUCAGCAGCGGGCAACCCUCACCCAACAGUCCGGCGCGGGGCAGCUCACAGUUCGGUACGGUGCCCCUGACAACACCACCACCACCACCACCACCGCCAUCACCACCACCACUACCGAGACGCAAUCCAUAAGAGCCUCACGUCCUUCCAUAACGAAAUUCCACAUACCCAAAUUAUACAAAGCUAAGAAUCAUACUUUAGAGUCUUGUUUCGUCGGCGUAUGGCUCGGGACUUCCCCGGUAACGCACUCACUGGUCGCCGCUGUGUUGGUUCAUCUCUGUUUCGAAGCGCCGCGAACAUGAGAGUCCAACACAGAGCCAUUGUUAGCGCCCAAACCAAACUAUAGUCUACACAGUGACCCGUUAUUUCUCCUCAACACCAGAUUCUAAAGAGAUUUCCUGCGUGGUUCCUAAAAUUUCCUCCUUUUUAUAUCAACGCCAAACAAGGAAUUUUCGUCGUGUUUUGUGCUUGGUUAGGGAGCUCACAAACUUGCUGCACCGGACUGUAGAGCUGGCACAAAGACUGAGGGCCAAGCGCCGCCUAUCACCAACGCUUUCCUGCCCCCAGUAAGCGACGUGCCUCACGGGACGGACACGCGCGUUAAAGUAUAAAGUUUUCCUGACAAAGACAUCAAGAGAACCAAAUCUGACGGCGGACAUGAUGGUGAAGUCUGAUUGGAUCUUUACUGCCGCGUGACCUGAGAGCCGAUUUCACAGUCCAACACAGUGUCUUCGUAACAGCCCGAACCAAACUAUAGAAUCCCAUACAAUCCAAAAUGGUGAGGUCUUCGAUACCACACUAAAUACACAAGACUUUUCCCGUAUAGUUUCAUCAAAUUUGUGAACUUAAAUAUAAACAUCAGACAUUAUACAAGGGAAUUUCGAAGGCUCUGGUAUUGGUUUGGGAGCUUACUAACCCAUCAUGGGGAACUGUGAAACUGGCCCUUAGUCCUGGAGAGUGGUGAAUCACUGAGCCCAAGCCCCUCUUGAUCUCACGUGACCUGCGCGCGUGAACUCGGGUGACGGGCGCAGCUGGUGAUGCCCCGCGCCCCGCGAUGACCCGCCCCGCCCCGCGCCCCGCCCUCCAGGCGGCGUGUGUCCUGCUGCUGCUGACGACUGGGGGCGCCGCCCAAAGCUCGCAACCCCGCCCCGCCCGUGCCGCGGCCCACAGCGAGGGGACAGGUGCCUAUGACAAGUGUUCCCACCCGUUCCACGCCUGGAUGUGCCAACCCCCGCCCAGGCCCAGAACAUCCCCCGUCGUCACCCCGACGCCGCCCCGAGACAAUCGGUUCACCGGAGGAGCCGCCCCGACCGCCCUUCCAUCCAAGAAUCCUCAGCCUGAACCAACACCCUCCAGCCCCCCUCCGACGCCUCAGCGUGGCCAGGGUUUUUUCCCUGAAGCGGCGCCCUCCCGCGUGGCACCCUCAAACCUCUCCCCCUCCCCCUCCCCCGCCCUGCUGCUAACAGAACCCCGGGCACCAAAGCGAGGUAGCAUCUUGUUUUCACAACCCGCACCGCCCCCACCACCCCCUCCACCGUCACCACCACCCCCUCCACCGUCCCCACCACCCAGGCCACCUCCGCCCCCGUCCACCACUCCAGCACCGGCCAGGAGUUCGCUGCCCUCAAAGGCGCGCCCAAAAGCCCUAUACCAGGGGACAGUCCAUGACCAAUGCUCGCAUCCCUUCCACGCCUGGCUGUGCAGCUCCCCCGGACGACUCCGCCCUAGCCAGCGACGACCCAAAGCUGACCCACGACCUACACCACGACCGACGGCAAGACCCACUCCACGCCCCACAGCAAGGCCCACGCCACGUCCCACACAUAAGCCCACUCCCCGUCCCACACAAAGACCCACUCCACGACCCACUCCACGACCCACACCAAGGCCCACUCCACGCCCCACAGAAAGGCCUACCCCACGCCCCACACAAAGGCCUACCCCACGCCCCACACAAAGGCCUACUCAACGCCCCACACCAAGGCCCACUCCACGUCCUGACCCCUUCCCAGACGCUUCCAACCAAAAGAAGGGUUCGCUGCUGCUGCCCCUAACCAUCCGACCCACGCCGCCCACCUCCACGCCUCAGCCCUACAACUUAUGCCUGCAUCCGUUCCACUCCUGGCGAUGCGAGGGUCCAAAGCUACGCCCCAAACCUUCCAACCUGGGCAAGGCAUUAGCACCUGCCCCUGCCCCGCCCAAGCCCGACACUCCCACAAAGACACAGCCCCUACCAUCCAAUGACCCUCCCCGCCCCGAGCCCACCUGGGACGGGGCCGACCCCUGUACUCACGCCUUCCACUCCUGGCUAUGUACCCGCCCCAGCCCUCGCCCCCACCCCAGCCCCCGCCCCAGCCCCCGCCCCCGCCCCCGCCCUCCCCCGAAGCAAGAGCCGGUUGCUGAUCCCGUGCUAGAUCCGGCAGCCUCUUUCCCUGUCGGAGCCCCUGCCCUCCUCCCGAACAGCCUCCCUAAACCUACGCCUACUCCCGCCCCGCCCCAGCUCACUACCACUCCGGCGCCACCCAAGGAUACCUUCUUGGCCGCGAAGCCCUUUCCACCCCCGCAGGAGGAAAACGAGCCGGAGCCACAGCCGGAGCCGGAGCCCAGCCUGCAGGACGUGUGCAGCCAUCCUUUCCACAGCUUCCUUUGCUCCUCACCCCGACCCACCACCACCACCCGAGACCCGCCCCCUGUGAAGGAACCCGUCGCCGCCCCAGCCUUCCUGCCUCCCCCUGUCAAGGUACGCCCGCACAGGGAACGUGGAGGCCUUCCUACACCUCAGCCGCCCCGCGACCCGCAGUGUGACCAUCCCUUCCACGCUUGGUUGUGUGACCGAAGGAAAGGCAAACCCAAGAAACAACAGACACGACAACAGGAACACAGCAAGAUACUCAACACUGUGUCUGGCCCGGCAGCCUCGUCCCAGAGCCACUCCCCCUCAAACGGGGUACCGCUACGCCCUGUUCCCACCGUGCCGCCCCUGCCACCUGUCAGGCGCCGCCAGGCACCGCUCGCCCUCCGUGCCGCUCCCUCCACGGCGUACUUUGUGUCUCUCCCUGGGCCAGUCACUAUGUUCGCCCCUCCCCUCGCCUCGCCCAUCGACCUGGUCAGCACGGGGUUCGAUUUCCACCCCUCCUCCCGCCCCUCCGCACGGAGCACGCCAACCGCCGCAGGGGCCCUGUGAGCAGCGCCAGGACGCUGCCAUCACUGGCCCGGCCACGACAAGAGCAACAGAAAUGGAAGCAACGGACCGAUCUUGCCGCGAAUGCAAUAUGUUACAUGUACACGACAAAAUUAGCGGAGCCUCGCCUCAGCGACAUGGCCGGCCCUGAAGGCCCGCCACGCUGCUUGCUAUGCCCCACUGCACACACGGCUCGGCGCCCGCCAUGGCUGGAGCCCCUGACACACGCUGCAGUGCUUCGCUGGGCUUCCCCCAAACACUCCUGGAACGCCUGGGCACGCGUGCUUCACCCCAACGAGAUAUUACUUACCCAAGCUGGUCUUGGUGACGUUAGGGUUUGUUUACGUAUCAUUAAGUGAACUUCGGGAUAGUAUGGAUUCGGUUAAUUUUUUAUACUACAUUCUGCUUUCAUUUUUUUUGUAUGGAAAUCAUAUCAUCGAUGCAAACUUAAUUUAUAUGAUGUUAAUUCAAAUCAAAGUACAAAAGAAUUACUUUUAAUACACAAGAACCGAAUCCGUAAUAUACGACGAAUCAUCCUUCAUAUACGGGCUGGCUUGUAUACUAAGGAGGUUCAUUCGUUUGUGGUUGUCUUGUAGCUUAUCACUGCUUAACAAGGAAUAGCUUUACCUGUUACUACACUCAGCUUGGUUCCCUGAAGAUAGCGGUGUCCAGCGAGACACCACCAGUAGCACUAACUGGUAGCCGACACACAUGCAACCAACAGUGGCAGGUUAGGACACCGCCAAGCGUAGAUAGAGACUAUCAGAAUAAUACACUAGUGUCCCAGUGUUGUAGUAAUAGACGCCACGUAGAUGAAUAUGAAUGCAUUUCAUCGAAGUAGAAUAAUCCAUGGCAUUGUACAAACGGUAUACGAAGGAAACACGUGACCUGACGCUCCAUGUGUGCCUCAGGUGGAGUAAGGCGCACACACUAUUACAUGUUACAGGCCUGAAACACUCUUUGCAAGAGCGUGCUAUUUUAUGUUUGCCAGACAUUUAUUACCAUUACUUAGGCAUAAACUUGAUAAACUCUUCAA